GGAACGCAGCCAUAGAAAUGGACGGUUGCGCAACUCGAUUUCGGGUGAUUUCGGUUAAUUUCGGUUAAUAUCGAAAGACCUUCGUGAUCACGCCGAUCACGCUACCCGCUCGUUCACCGGUAUCACCAUCUUGUUUGUUUCGUCAGCGGCAGGACGCACAAAAGAUUCCACGGCAUUGUGAAUAUUAUUACCUGCGAAAUUAUAGGAACUAUAUUUUGGAUUUGUACUUUUGCUCACGCAGUUGUUACCACGCAAUAACGCAGCGGAUAAACUGGAUAUGUCUCACGGCGGUAGAAACGAAUGUAGGAUUUACGUGGGUAAUUUGCCACCGGAUAUACGAACGAAAGAUAUCCAAGAUCUUUUCUACAAAUUUGGUAAAGUAACAUUUGUUGACUUGAAAAAUCGCAGAGGACCACCGUUCGCGUUCGUCGAAUUUGAUGAUCCGAGAGAUGCUGAAGAUGCAGUGCAUGCAAGAGAUGGUUAUGACUACGAUGGUUAUAGAUUAAGAGUUGAAUUUCCAAGAGGAGGUGGUCCCAGUAAUAAUUUCCGUGGUGGACGUGGAGCAGGAGAUAGUGGUAGAGGUGGUCGUGGUGAAAUGAGUAAUUCUCGUGGCCGGGGACCUCCAGCACGACGAUCACAAUACAGAGUAUUAGUUACUGGAUUACCACCAUCUGGAAGCUGGCAGGAUCUCAAGGAUCAUAUGCGUGAGGCUGGUGAUGUCUGCUUUGCAGAUGUUUACAAAGAUGGCACUGGUGUCGUUGAGUUUUUGAGACAUGAUGACAUGAAAUAUGCUGUGAAGAAAUUAGAUGACUCACGAUUUAGAUCUCACGAGGGUGAGGUAGCCUACAUUCGUGUUAAAGAAGACCACAGCAGUGGCGAUAGAGGACGCAGCGAAGAUAGAGAGAGGGGCCGUACUCGUUCACGAAGCUAUAGCCCACGACGUCGUGGUUCUCCCACUUAUUCGCCAUUGCGGCGUAAUUACUCGCGAUCAAGAUCUCGCUCCAGAUCUCGUUCAUACGACUAGUGUGUACGUAUGUGUUUCUCACAUGGUAAUAUAAGUGAAAUCUAUAUUGACAAUUGCUUUUACCAUGUUUCAUUAUUAUUGCUGAUUUGAAUUUGACUCAAGGACAUCCUCCGAUCCAAACAGGUCCUGCAAAAAGUUCAAAUUGUUUGAAUAACUGUACCGUACUGUAUAUUUGAUGUAUAGAGCUAGAGCACGGUUCAUUUCUUACAUAUGUAUUACAAUUAUUUUUUAAGUUUCUUGUUUCCAAAGUAUAUUACUCACUAUAUUAUUCGUAAUCAAAGAAACCGGCUGACUUAACGAAUUCAAUAUUUUCAGUCAUUUUAAUAAAAGUUUCUUAACGUUAAUCUAUUAAAGUUAAUUACCUGGUACAGAAACUAUUGAGCCUUAUCCUCACAAAAAAAAAAGGAAAAAUGAAAUCGUGCUCGCGACCAUAUUUAUCAUGUUUAUUAUCCAAAAAUCGUUAGUUACUUUCAUAUUUAAAGAUACAUUCCUCUAUAUAUUUGGCAACUUGUUUUGUCAUCACUACAAUUUGUGAAAUGUGUAACAAUUUUGAAGUAUUGUUGACAAGACUUGUCACUGACAAUUGUAUUGUAUUGUGACUGUUUUUAAUUGACAAUAAUUCAUACAAUCCUAACAACGGCGACUACUUUGUCACAUUGAAGACAGUGUAUAUUCCAUCGAGCACAUUGACAGUUGAAAUCCUAAUGUUUGCAUUUGAAUAUACUUUGCAUAGUAAAAUGUUACAUUUUGAAUAUUGCCUAACGAACGUCUUCUUUAUUAAUGUAGUAUUUUGUGAUACACUAUUAUAUUGUGCGCGUUUAUAUUGCUACAAUGCUCUUUUACAAUCCAAAUUACCUUUGUACGGACUUGCUGGAAAAACUUUGUCUCACAAUUAAGUACUAACAUAUACACACGUAAUAGAGCUUAAAUUAAUAUUUUUCUUAGCUAAGGAUGCUUCAUAAGUUACCGAGUCACAUCAAUAUCAUCCUAAUAAUCAAGUUUACACUAAAAGAAAAUAUCUGUUUUUAUAUAUUACUAAAAUGAAACGUAUACAUAUGUAUAUGUACAUAUAUAUAUAUAUAUAUAUCACAGAUACAUUAUCCAAUCGUCUGAAUAUCGUAGUGCUAGAUUAAUAACGUUCAGUCACAGUUGCUAACACGUACGGUGUAUCAAAAAUCGCGCACUUUAAAUAUUAAUACUUUGACAGCCACGUCAUAUAUAAUAUUUGGAUGACGUUUGAGUUUUCGUCAAAAUUCCGUUAUCGGUUUAUGAACGAAGAUUUUAUUUUUUCUCAAGCGGGAAAAUUUUGAUGGUCAAAGAACUAUAUAAUAUACGACAGAAUUUAGGACAAAAUUCAAUUUACAUUUGUAGAUAUACUUUUGUAUAAUUCUUCAAAUGUUUUCAGACGUUAUCUAAGCAGGCGAUAGCAAAUUUUUCAUAGUAGUUCAAAUAAGAUAUUGCUAUAUUUCUUUCACCUCUAAAUUCUACAACGAAUGUAUAAUGUUGAGAAAAAAAUACGCAACUUAUGAUGCAUUCCAUGUACGGAUACCUUCAGCAAUAACAAGUACAUAAAUUAAAGAACUGGAAUGCUAUGUAUGUAUAUUUGCAGAUACACAAGUAGACAGAAAUCUCUCACAAAAUAUUUUUCUCCUACACGUAGAAUGUGUGAUUAUUAACUCUAACGGAUAACUUGUGUGUACAAAGGAAUACCUCAAGAUUGUUUACACGACACAUCGCGUGGUUUAAUUUGUUGUUUAAAUCCAAAUUCUGAAUUCCGGUAACGCGUAGUGAUGACAAUAUAUCGUGCAUAUACGCUGUACGAGACAUUCGAGUGUAAUGAUGAUGACUAAUCGUUAUACAUUUACGUAACAAACGUAUAUAAUUAUUGGCGCAGGAAAACUUUUUAUAAGAUCACUCUCACGCAACCUAAUUCGCUUGAUGAUAACACUCUCGACUGUAUAUGACAAUAGACUCGAGUGAUCUUCAAUGAUGAUGGCGAUCUUUUUUACGAGCCAUCUUUUUAUAUUGCCAAAUUGCGUUUGGUAUACUGUCUCAGGCAAAUAUCUAACUCAUUAAAAUCUUUAACACUUCCGAGUGUGAAAACAUACAACAUAAUAUAUCCAUUACAUAAUCUGAACAUUUCCAACAUGUGCAGGUUGAAAUGUCUUAAAUAAUACACGACAAGUCCGGUGAAAUGCGCUUAACUGUUAUUUGAUGUGACUAUUAAUGUCGCUCGCAUUUCCCUGUUUGUGUUUUCCUUUCUCACACAUUUGCGACGUCUACGUAACCACGCGAAUAUGUUGCUAAAAUGCUCUUUCUAAAAUAGAGAUAAUUUUUGAAAGGGAAACAUUUUCGAUAUCGUGUAUUUGAAAAAAGAUAUUAUUAUUGCAAGUUGAUCCCAUGAUUUUGCAUCGGUCUGUACACUGAUCUAUGACUUUUUUUUUUUUUCAAUUGUGAAGGUUCAUUUUCUGGAAGGAGGGAAACAAAAGAAAAGAUAUGCUAUUCAUAUAUUCCUUCCGCCGUAAAUUUAUCACCGUUAUACAUACGAGUUACCUUUACAUCAUAGGGAUCAUAUUUGCAUUGAUAUAUUCUAUAUCUAACAUUAAUCUACAUCGUAUAAGAAACUAAUGUAUUUUUUCUUCUUUUGUAUAUUGGAUUGGAUUGUAACACAAUGAAUGAAAAACUGAAAUCAACACGAUCUUACUUCUUGGAUGGAUGUAAUACACAUUCGCUUGACGUUGGGAUGGAUUGCGUUUUGGACGGAUUUUGUACGGAGCAUAAAUUGUAAGAGGAUUAAGACAUAGAUGAAAAUGAGAAUAGUGAAAACGGGAAACUUUCAAGAGGAAAUUCAGGAUCAGGAGAGGAUUUGGAUGAAAGAGAGAUGAUUCGUUCCAUUCAAGGAUUCUCAAUUAGCUGGAUUAUACCGGAUUAGCUGGAUUAGCUGGAUCAGGAAACGUUGGCAAGUCCAUUACGAGGAGGCAAACCAAUCUCAUUAACAUUUUUCUUUUUGAGAAAAAAAAAACAAAAGUAGUAGAAUCUCCCAGUUUGAGACUAAAGCUUUUUGUGCGUCUGUUUUAAGAGAGAGAGUGGAACUUACUCAUUAUGUUAUGUGCCUAUCUGGAUUGCUUGUUAAAGCAUAGUGCUUCGAAGAUAUUAAUAUUUUCGAUAUUUUCGAACGAUUUCGAUUUUCGCGCACUGUUGAUUUAAAAAAAAGAAAAAUGAGAAAAACAGACCAUUCCGCGUUAAUUAAAUCACUAAUAAUCCGAACAGUCAAACCAGUAAUGGAUUGUCAACUGCACAGAUUCUGUUGGAAGCGUUUUGUUUGUAAUAUUUUUUAGUUCCUUUUCUUUUUUUUUCAAUUUUUGUGGAAAUUAAUUUUUCCUCAUUGAGAACGGAUUCUCGGCGCGAUAUUAAUUCUCUUCUCGAUGCAACGACCACGUCGUCAAUGCUAGACUUGACUUUUGUUAACAUUCGUUAUAUAAGAGACGAUUCGCAUUUAGUGUUAAUCUCAAAGGUGGAAGUGAUCUUUUUUUUUCCUGGGAAGAGACCAUCGCGCGCUCGGUAUCCCAUACUUGCUAACACCGGGGUGAUUUAAAAUCCAAUUGUCGAAAACAAAAAAAAAAGAAAGAUACAUGUCUACCGAUAAAGUUGUUUUCUCGGUGUGAUCAAGUGCGUCUCUGUCGCGCACACUGCGAACUGCGGUGUGAGUCUUCAGGAUUUAACCGAA